AUGAUGAAAACGACACUGCGAACUGUUUUUGUUCUGAUUCUGCUUGUUGGAAACGCAAUUGGAAGAAAAGUUGGAGAUCGCCGCCAAAAAUGCACGAAGCUUGGGAGAGAGUAUAAAUGCUCAGCUAGGCACCAGCUGGGCUCGACUUGUUUUCAUAAAACAUGCAAAAGUCGAAUUCUUCGUUGCUCAAGAAAAGACAAUUCCAAUCGACCUAUUUGGAUUGGCUACGAAGGAAACUGCAAGGGAAAGGGUUUCAUGAACAACGAGUGGUCAAAAACAACGAGUAAAAAGUCCAACGAAUACCAAAACAUCACCUCUUGGAAUUGCCUUGGAGGAUCUUCAACGCCUGUCACCGACGUUGCCCAGUUUGUCUUUCGCCGUAAACUUUACAUCAUCGCUUCGUCAAACGAAGCUUUCCACCUGUAUGAAAUCGGAAAGACUUUCCAUCCAGAGUACAUUCAAAAAGUUCCGGUCAACGGACAAAGUCUGGAAAAACUAGCGAUGCUCAGUGUUGCCAAGAAAAGACUGAUGCUUGCAGCUGGGAAGAAUAUGACAACGCUAAUGUACCACUUUCCAAAUAAAGAAAUGAAGAGAAGCACGUCUGGUAAACUUUACUAUAAAUUUGGCUUCGAAAAAACAAUCCCGAGCCACAGGCUGACGUCGCGAUCUACUGCAAAGUACGCGUCUGAUGAGCGCUUUGGUACCUAUCGCUGCGAGACCAGACAAGCAAAAUCUGGCAGGGUCUACUUCGUACUCGAUAAGAAAAUCCAUUCGAGGUUUCGCAAGCAUUUUUCCUCAAAGAAUUGGAAGGAAAUUCGAUCGAAACGAGACGCUGUUGAUGGCAGAUGCGAUAUUUCGUCCGGAAAGAAUAUGGACGUUUUCUUCGCUGUCAACAACGAGGAACCUACACGCGGCUAUUCCUCGUACAUCGACGUGGUUGAAAUAAAGGAUGCUAACCGCGCUAGCACCGCACAGCGAAUACCUCACGAGUAUCGCAUCACAGCCACAGCAGCUUUUCAACAAGGAAAACGAGCCUCGCUUUAUGUGACUGGGGAUCAGCGCGGGAGAUGCACGAUAUUCAGGAAGAAAUUUUUGAAGACAUAG